AUGAAGAUUCCUACUGUCUUAAGUUUUCUCUACGUUGGCAAUCUCCUCCGUGAUGCCCACUGCAGUCCCUUACCCGAGCUCUUCGCUGCCAAGUCCAUGGAAGAAGUCGAAGCCCUCAUGUCCAAGACAAAGCAACGCCCCGCUCACGAAGUUCUCCGUGGACGACGUCGUCUUCAAGACGGAACUCUUGAAACUUCCAACCACAUUCUUGCUGACAGGUUUGGCGGAGAAGCUGGCUUUUUCCAUUCUGUUGCUUCCGGUGAUCCGUUGGCAGAUGCAGUCAUCAUCUGGACGCGUUAUACUCCCGUCAACGUCGACGAUGAAAUUACGUUGGAGUUUCGUAUGGCUGCUAUUGAUCCUAAUCUGGAGGUCAACGCGCACCUGGAUCCUACACUCAAUGAAAACAUUAAGCGUGGCAAGGUCACGGUCACUGCUGCGUCUGACUUCACUGCCAAGAUUGAUGUGACGGGAUUGCCUUCCAACACGCAGUUUGUGUACGUCUUUUCCGACGGACAGCAGGUUUCCGAUAUCGGUUUGACGAAAACCGCCCCGGCCCCGGGGGACGAAGAUCCUGAUCUCAUAUACGCUUUUUUCUCGUGCUCCCACUUUACUAACGGUUUCUUCCACGCCUAUGACGUUGCUUCGACAAUCCAAGAUUUGGAUCUGUGGAUUCACGUUGGCGACUAUUACUACGAGUAUGGCCUCUUCGACACGUAUGCACGCGAAGCAGCUGAGCAACGCGAUCAGUUUGUUUUGCCUAUUUGGGAAACAAUUGACUUACAAGAUUACCGCAAUCGUCAUUCGACACAUGUGGCGCACGAUGAAGGUCUUCGCAAUUUGCGGCGGCGUGCUCCCAUGAUUGCCACGUGGGACGAUCACGAGACCACCAACGACAGUUAUGGAAACGUCAAUCAAGGAACUGGAGCGGAGAACCACCAGGAAACUUGCCUCGCUAACGCUACAUCACCUGAUGCCGACAAAGCAGCUGCCCAAUGCGACCGACCGGAAGGUGAUGCGGUGGAACGCUUUACAGCUGCCGCCCAGGCGUAUUGGGAAUGGAUGCCUAUUCGAUACGUCGAAGGUACCAUGGGCGAGAUUCAGACAGGAACGUUGACCCAAAUUAUUGAAUGGGGCGACUUGGCCACCAUAGCUUCCUUUGAUACGCGCAUGAGCUUUCGUACGGAAGAGUCCACGGGAGCGUCUGCCUUUGCAACGUACGCCGCUGUAGGUGCGGUGAACACAAAUGUGAGCUCGUACUCCGAUCCGAGCUCCGAUGCCUACGCUGCUAUCCAGCAAAUCCGAGAAAGCGAUCGGGGAAGCCGACUGAACGAGAGCUUCUCCAUGCUUGGUGAUUAUUUCGACACCUUGGAAGACGUCUUUGAAGCUUCCAAGGCGGCAGGAAAACCUUGGCAAAUCUGGGCUGCAAACACAAUGAUGGGUCACUAUGUCUUACCUGACGCGGCACAGUUUUAUUUGGACGCACCCGAGGAGGUUCAGGCCAUCAUUCAGACAUACUUCGAUGCCUUCAUGCUUUCCGAAGCCGCCUUAACUGCCCGACUGAUUUCGGCUCUACGCGUUGCCGACAUUGAAUGGAACCUCGACGACUACGGUGGUUUUUACGCUGAACGCGCCAAGAUUACAGAAAUGGCAAAGGCCUCGACCAAUAACAUGGUAGUACUGGGAGGAGAUCUACACGACGCAUUUGCAUGGGUGCUUGUUGAGGGAGGGGAAGUUGAGGGUGCCCCGGUGGCUAUCAAUCUCGGCUGUCCAAGUGUGACUUCCCCAGGGUUCAAAAACGCUUUCUUACCAGUGUUCAGUCCAAUCUUGGAAGCCAUUGGGGGCGAAGACGUAGCCAUUGAUAUCAUGAACAGGGGUUACGCACGUGCUAAUCCAAACCUCAAAUUUUCUGAUAUUGGGAAGAAGGGCUUUGUUGCCAUUAAAGCAACCAUGGACACACACACUGCCGAAUACAUUGGCUUCUCACCCGAAACACUGCUGACCGACUUUGCAACUGCUCGCACCGAUGGAGCAAUCACGGCACCAUUUGAGUGUCAAAUAUCACUAACCACGCAAUCUGACGUUCCCGGGUCUCUUGAGCCUAGUGAGACUUGUUCAGCCAUUGCGUUUGACAAUGAGCGACCUGCCGUUUAUGAUCUUCCUGUUCCAUCGCUUGACAAUAUGCCUGAAGGCGACGCACUCACUGUUUGUGGUAUGAUUGGUUGCGCGUUUGAUGCCUCCACUGAGCCGACCGAUAGCGCUUCAACGGUUACGCCUACUGCACCAGCUCCUGCUCCUGCAUCGAGCUCAACCUUAAGUAUUGGUCGCUCAAUGGGCCUUGUUACCGGUGUCCUAUUGCUUAUUGUUACUUUAUUGUAA